AGGCGGUGUCAGCGCUCGCGGGACGGGUUCUAAAGCUGGCGUCGCGUGCACCUAGUCGCUCUCUCUCUCCCGGUUCUCCAGACGUGCGGCUAUGCUGUCGGGCUGAACCGUCCCGGGGCCGAGGAGCUGAGCUGCGGGAUGGAGCCGAGUUCUGAGGCGAUCGUGCGCUUUCUCACUGAGCGCGGGGGCCGGGCCCGACACUCAGAAUUGGUGCAACACUUCAGGGACGCCCUGGGCGGCCCCCGGGAGCAGCGCACCCGCGCCCGCGAACACUUCAAGGAUCUGGUCAACGCGGUGGCCACCGUGCGCACCGAUCCCGCGGAUGGGACCAAGUACGUGCAUCUCAAGAAGAGGUUCUGUGCAGGGGGGUCCCCUCCGCUUGAGGCCUCACUCCCCCGGGAUCCACCGCGUAUCGAGGUGACUGAGGAGCCUGAAGUCCCGGACUUUCCAGCCAAGCCAUGCGAGGGCAGCCAGCUCCAGGAGGGGACAGAUCCACAGUUGUCUCUCGGCCCGGGGAGCGAACUCAGCGACCAGGAGCCUCCGAUCCCUGCUCAAAGUGGGGCCCCGUCUAAGGACUUGCCACAGGAGGUCCAGACCGUGUCCUGGGCGUCAGUCCCCGGGCCUGGCGAGAACCUGAAACUCCCUGCACACAGCGGUGAGGAAGCUGAAGGGGGCAGUUCUCUUAGUGGGCCAAAUACGCCGAGGUCGGCCCGUCAGAACUUUCGGGACCUGGUGAUGGGCAGCUCCCCUCAACUCAAGAGGAGCGUGUGUCCCGGGGAUGGUAACUCCGUAGGAGGUCGCAGCAGAGGAGGGGGCGACUCCGAUAGCGCAUCCUUGGCUUCGUCAUCCGCCGAAGAGGAGAGCAGCGGUGGGGGCUCGGUGACGCUGGAUCCUCUGGAGCACGCCUGGAUGCUCUCGGCUUCGGAGGGCAAGUGGGACAGCCUAGAAGGGCUGCUCACUUGUGAGCCUGGCCUGCUGUCGAAGCGAGACUUCAUCACCGGUUUCACCUGUCUCCACUGGGCCGCCAAGCACGGCAGGCAGGAGCUCCUGGCCAUGUUGGUCAACUUUGCCAGCAAACACCAGCUGCCAGUGAACAUCAAUGCCAGGUCGAGCGGAGGCUACACGGCCCUGCAUUUGGCAGCCAUGCACGGGCACGUAGAGGUGGUGAAGUUACUCGUGGGGGCCUACGACGCAGAUGUGGACAUCAGGGACUACAGCGGGAGAAAGGCCUCUCAAUACCUGAGUGAGAGCAUCGCAGAGGAGAUCAAGAACCUGGUAGGCGUCAUGGACGAAGAUGAUGGGGACAGUGCCACCGGCCGCGGGAGUGGGCGCUGGAGACUUUCAAAGGUGCUCCCGUCACACCUCAUCACUUACAAACUCUCCCAGGGCGUGGAAGAUGGCACCGAACAUCAUCACCACCACCACCACCACCACCACGUCGCCGAGGUCGGGAGCAAGGCGAAAGAUUCAGGUCGCAAAGCCUUGGGCAGCUCCAGCGGACGGUUAAAACCACGGCUCAACAAAAUCCGAUUCCGAACCCAGAUCAUUCACACCACUCCCUCAUUCAAGGACACCGAGCAACCACUGGAGGAGGGCGAAGAGGAGGAAGAGGAAAGGUCCCUUAAGGGCCACUCAUCUUCCUUCAAACUGAGACCGAAGUCCAAUGUAUUUGGGUAAAAAAACAAAAUAAUUCCUGCUAGAAAUGCUAAGGUUUAGUUUUCUUCCAGAUAGACUAAUACUGGCAGUGGAUAAGAAAGUGGAACCCGAAAAGACAGCAUAAAUUAGCAUUGUAACUUGCAGACUUGGGGUGGAUCUGUAGUAAUCCUUCCCUGAUCGCAUUUUGGGGCAAGAGAACUUCUGGAAUGAUUCAUGAUGCAAUGAUUUGUGCCUCUUCCCCCACCCCACCCUUGUAACCAGGAACGUGUGAGAACUGGGACUGAUUGAUGACUAAGAGCCCCUUGGCUGUCACCAUUACUAGACACCAUGCACAGUAAGGACUAUCAAGUAUGUUUUCCUGAGUGACUCGUAGGACGUCAGAAAAGGCAAACUGUGUGUGAACCUGGUCAUGGUUGUAAGUGAACAAACCUGCAGGCUGCCCUGGUUUUCUGCCGUUCGCACUUGCUCCUUACGGUGCUAGCAAAGGUCCAGGUCAGAGUGGAAAUGUGAAAUACAAAUGAGAACUAUGUGACUCGAGAUGGGAAACUUGUACGCUUGUAACUAUGACUGUCGUUUUGCUUUUAUAGUAUAGAAAAUGCAGGUAAUGUGGCACUGGUUCGUUCACACCUGAGAUACUGUAACGUGAUGUUUUGUCUUUUGCUUUUUAAGUAGAUCAAAGCUUGUGAGUUUCAGAAUCUGUAAGUUUUGUCAAAAUAAAAUGUUCA